GAAUAACAUCUUGAAAGAUUACCGUUACUUUGAACGCUGGCGUAAAAGAAGUGUUUGCCACCGACCACUUUGCAGUUUGCCGAAGAGAGUCGACGGUGAAUGACGGAGCAAUGGCGUCGUGGGCCAUUAUCGGAUUGUUGGCGGUCUGCCACGCGAGUUAUAUAACCGCAUACACUAAGUUCCCUGAAGGAUUUACAUUUGGCGUAGCGACAGCUGCUCAUCAGAUUGAAGGCGCUUGGAAUGUCAGUGGUAAAUCCGAAAAUGUGUGGGACCGCUUAUCGCAUACACGCCCUGAAAUGAUCGCGGAUGGUACCAAUGGUGACAUCGCGUGUGACUCUUAUAACCGAUACCGCGAAGAUGUGGAAGAAUUAGCCCACCUCGGAGUUGAUUUCUAUCGGUUUUCUCUAUCUUGGUCAAGAAUUUUACCGACUGGUUUCAUUGACGAGUUGAAUCCAGAUGGAGUUCGGUACUACAACGACCUCCUUGAUGCUCUCGCUGAACAUAAUAUUGAACCUUUGGUAACACUAUUCCACUGGGAUUUACCUCAAUCACUUCAAGAUCUUGGAGGUUGGGCGAACCCUAAAAUGAUUGAUUACUUCCGCGACUACGCUGAUGUCUGUUUCAAACAAUUUGGCGACAAGAUCAAAUCUUGGAUCACAUUCAAUGAACCUUAUGAAAUUUGCGAAGACGCUUAUGGUGAUGAGAAGAAGGCGCCUGCAGUAGACAGCCAUGGUGUUGGCAACUACUUAUGCAGUGACACUUUACUUAAGGCCCACGCUGAGGCUUACCAUUUGUACAACGAGACCUACAGACCCGUACAAAAUGGCAAGAUUAUGAUUUCCAUCAACUCUAUCUGGUACGAACCUAGUGACCCUGAGAAUGCUGAGCAAGUUGCGUUGGCUGAAGUAGCGAAUCAAUUUAAGUUUGGUUGGUUCGCACACCCCAUAUUCACUGAGGAAGGUGGAUACCCUGCAGUCAUGGUUGAGAAUAUAGCUCGCCAAAGCGCAAGCGAAGGUCUUAACAAACCUCGCUUGGAGCAGUUUGAUGACUACUGGAUUGAAAGAAUCAAGGGCACGUCAGACUUCCUGGGUAUCAACCACUACACCACUCAUUUAAUCACUGGAGCCGGUGUUGAUCCCAUCGCCAAAUCACCAUCGUGGCUGAAGGAUAUCGGAGCCGUGACCACCAUGAAUGUUGGAGGCGACUCUGCUUCCGAAUGGCUUAGGGUUGUACCUACUGGUUUCGCUAACUUGCUCCGUUGGUGCAAGAGCUCAUAUAACGACCCACCGAUUUACAUUACUGAGAACGGAUUUUCGGAUCGCGGCACCCUGCAAGACUAUGGGCGUAUUCAAUAUUUUAACGAAUAUCUUUCGGUAAUAUUAAACGUGAUCUACGACGAUGGUGUCAGAGUGUUGGGUUACACAGCUUGGACACUUAUGGACAAUUUCGAGUGGAGAGCUGGAUUUUCGGAACGCUUCGGAUUCUACUACGUGGAUAUCACUCACCCAGACCGGCCUAGGACACCUAAACUGUCAGUGGAUUAUUACCGUCAGCUCAUCGCAAACCGAGAACUGCCACAGGACGAGAGAUUCAAGGACCCUGCUGUGAGGAGGCUGUGAGGUGUUGGGCAGACGAAUAUAACAUCUAUUUAUAAAUAAAUGUUUGUAGAAUUACUAACAUGUGCAUGUUAAAACUAAAUAAAUUCAUUUUGUGAGUAA